AUAUGACUAAUCAGGAAACGCAAACCCAAGAUAUUGACCCAAUUUGUGAUCAGACACAUAAGUGUCCUUGUUUUGCAUGUGAGGAAGAGAUCAAUUGCCACAUUAAGAAAGAGUUAGAUAGUUUAUCCCUACAAUUGCUUGAAUUCAACAAAAAAACUUUUGACCCUUUUAUACAAGAAAUCACUAAACGGCUUGAGGAGCGGGUUAAUGCUAAUAAUAAAUUGCGCAGUGAAAUCGAUCAACAGAAAUUAAAAUUGCAAAAAGCGGAAAAAUUACUUGCAAGUCUGAA